CUGGACGCGGGCGCGGAAGGGGCGCGGCCGGAGGUCCUCAGGAAGAAGCUGCGGGGACUGGCUGCGCUUGAGAGGCUGCACUUGGGUGGGAGCACCUGGUGCCUCGGGACUGCUCCGAUGCCCGGUGGGUGCACAGCCCAGUUCCCGCCGUUGCCGGCCGGGUUUAGAGGUUUUGGGGGGAGGACAUGGGGGCGUGCAGCCUUCCCAGUUGCACACUUCACUCCGACCCCGCCUUCAAAGCUGGGUCUGGGUCCAGUGGGGACGAGAAAGGAGGAAGGAGGAAGUAGGCUCCGCGAAAGCCCCAUCCCCAGGAUCUCAUCUAUAACAUGAAUAGGGUCUGUGCUGAAUGUGUAAUAUGCGGAACUAUAUUGAAACAUUACAACCAUCUUUUGAUGGCAACACCCUGAGGACCUCCCUUUUCCAGAUGGGGAAACUGAGGCCCAGAAUUGCUAAGUGGCUUGCUUGAGUUGACACAGGGAGCUCCAGGACUCGCCCUCAGCUGAGCCACCUGCCAGGAGCAUGCCUCUGCGCCACUGGGGGAUGGCCAGGGGCAGUAAGCCCGUUGGGGAUGGAGCCCAGCCCAUGGCUGCCAUGGGAGGCCUGAAGGUGCUUCUGCACUGGGCUGGUCCAAGCGGCGGGGAGCCCUGGGUCACUUUCAGUGAGUCAUCGCUGACAGCUGAGGAAGUCUGCAUCCACAUUGCACAUAAAGUUGGUAUCACUCCUCCUUGCUUCAAUCUCUUUGCCCUCUUCGAUGCUCAGGCCCAAGUCUGGUUGCCCCCAAACCACAUCCUAGAGAUCCCCAGAGACGCAAGCCUGAUGCUAUAUUUCCGCAUAAGGUUUUAUUUCCGGAACUGGCAUGGCAUGAAUCCUCGGGAACCAGCUGUGUACCGUUGUGGGCCCCCAGGAACCGAGGCAUCCUCAGAUCAGACAGCACAGGGGAUGCAACUCCUGGACCCAGCCUCAUUUGAGUACCUCUUUGAGCAGGGCAAGCAUGAGUUUGUGAAUGAUGUGGCAUCACUGUGGGAGCUGUCAAGCGAGGAGGAGAUCCACCACUUUAAGAAUGAGAGCCUGGGCAUGGCCUUUCUGCACCUCUGUCACCUCGCUCUCCGCCAUGGCAUCCCCCUGGAGGAGGUGGCCAAGAAGACCAGCUUCAAGGACUGCAUCCCGCGCUCCUUCCGUCGGCAUAUCCGGCAGCACAGCGCCCUGACCCGGCUGCGCCUUCGGAACGUCUUCCGCAGGUUCCUGCGGGACUUCCAGCCGGGCCGACUCUCCCAGCAGAUGGUCAUGGUCAAAUACCUAGCCACACUCGAGCGGCUGGCACCCCGCUUCGGCACAGAGCGUGUGCCUGUGUGCCACCUGAGGCUGCUGGCCCAGGCCGAGGGGGAGCCCUGCUACAUCCGGGACAGUGGGGUGGCCCCUACAGACCCUGGCCCUGAGUCUGCUGCUGGGCCCCCAACCCACGAGGUGCUGGUGACAGGCACUGGUGGCAUCCAGUGGUGGCCAGUAGAGGAGGAGGGUUCUAGUGGCAGCAGUGGCAGGAACCCCCAAGCCAGCCUGUCUGGGAAGAAGGCCAAGGCUCACAAGGCAGCUGGCCAGCCGGCAGACAGGCCGAGGGAGCCACUGUGGGUCUACUUCUGCGACUUCCGGGACAUCACCCACGUGGUGCUGAAAGAGCACUGUGUCAGCAUCCACCGGCAGGACAACAAGUGCCUGGAGCUGAGCUUGCCUUCCCGGGCUGCGGCGCUGUCCUUCGUGUCGCUGGUGGACGGCUAUUUCCGCCUGACGGCUGACUCCAGCCACUACCUGUGCCACGAGGUGGCUCCCCCACGGCUGGUGAUGAGCAUCCGGGAUGGGAUCCACGGACCCCUGCUGGAGCCAUUUGUGCAGGCCAAGCUGCGGCCCGAGGACGGCCUGUACCUCAUUCACUGGAGCACCAGCCACCCCUACCGCCUGAUCCUCACAGUGGCCCAGCGUAGCCAGGCACCAGACGGCAUGCAGAGCUUGCGGCUCCGGAAGUUCCCCAUUGAGCAGCAGGACGGGGCCUUUGUGCUGGAGGGCUGGGGCCGGUCCUUCCCCAGCGUUCGGGAACUUGGGGCUGCCUUGCAGGGCUGCUUGCUGAGGGCCGGGGAUGACUGCUUCUCUCUGCGUCGCUGUUGCCUGCCCCAACCAGGAGAAACCUCCAAUCUCAUCAUCAUGCGGGGGGCUCGGGCCAGCACCAGGACACUCAACCUCAGCCAGCUCAGCUUCCACCGGGUUGACCAGAAGGAGAUCACCCAGCUGUCCCACUUGGGCCAGGGCACAAGGACCAACGUGUAUGAGGGCCGCCUGCAAGUGGAGGGCAGCGGGGACCCUGAGGAGGGCAAGAUGGAUGAUGAGGACCCCCUCGUGCCUGGCAGGGACCGUGGGCAGGAGCUACGAGUGGUGCUCAAAGUGCUGGACCCUAGUCACCAUGACAUCGCCCUGGCCUUCUACGAGACAGCCAGCCUCAUGAACCAGGUCUCCCACAUGCACCUGGCCUUCGUGCAUGGCGUCUGUGUGCGCGGCCCUGAAAAUAUCAUGGUGACAGAGUACGUGGAGCACGGACCCCUGGAUGUAUGGCUGCGGAGGGAGCGGGGCCAUGUGCCCAUGGCUUGGAAGAUGGUGGUGGCCCAGCAGCUGGCCAGCGCCCUCAGCUACCUGGAGAACAAGAACCUGGUUCAUGGUAAUGUGUGUGGCCGGAACAUCCUGCUGGCCCGGCUGGGGUUGGCAGAGGGCACCAGCCCCUUCAUCAAGCUGAGUGAUCCUGGCGUGGGCCUGGGCGCCCUCUCCAGGGAGGAGCGGGUGGAGAGGAUCCCCUGGCUGGCCCCCGAAUGCCUACCAGGUGGGGCCAACAGCCUAAGCACCGCCAUGGACAAGUGGGGGUUUGGCGCCACCCUCCUGGAGAUCUGCUUUGACGGAGAGGCCCCUCUGCAGAGCCGCAGUCCCUCCGAGAAGGAGCAUUUCUACCAGAGGCAGCACCGGCUGCCCGAGCCCUCCUGCCCAGAGCUGGCCACACUCACCAGCCAGUGUCUGACCUAUGAGCCAACCCAGAGGCCAUCAUUCCGCACCAUCCUGCGUGACCUCACCCGGCUGCAGCCCCACAAGUCUCACUCUGUUGCCAGGCUGGAAUGCAGUGGUGCAAUCUUGGCUCACUGCAACCUCCGUCUCCCAGGUUCAGAUCUUGCUGACGUCUUGACUGUGAACCCGGACUCACCGGCGUCGGACCCUACGGUUUUCCACAAGCGCUAUUUGAAAAAGAUCCGAGAUCUGGGCGAGGGUCACUUCGGCAAGGUCAGCUUGUACUGCUACGAUCCGACCAACGACGGCACUGGCGAGAUGGUGGCGGUGAAAGCCCUCAAGGCAGACUGCGGCCCCCAGCACCGCUCGGGCUGGAAGCAGGAGAUUGACAUUCUGCGCACGCUCUACCACGAGCACAUCAUCAAGUACAAGGGCUGCUGCGAGGACCAAGGCGAGAAGUCGCUGCAGCUGGUCAUGGAGUACGUGCCCCUGGGCAGCCUCCGAGACUACCUGCCCCGGCACAGCGUCGGGCUGGCCCAGCUGCUGCUCUUCGCCCAGCAGAUCUGCGAGGGCAUGGCCUAUCUGCACGCGCAGCACUACAUCCACCGAGACCUAGCCGCGCGCAACGUGCUGCUGGACAACGACAGCCUGGUCAAGAUCGGGGACUUUGGCCUAGCCAAGGCCGUGCCCGAAGGCCACGAGUACUACCGCGUGCGCGAGGAUGGGGACAGCCCCGUGUUCUGGUAUGCCCCAGAGUGCUUGAAGGAGUAUAAGUUCUACUAUGCGUCAGAUGUCUGGUCCUUUGGGGUGACCCUGUAUGAGCUGCUGACGCACUGUGACUCCAGCCAGAGCCCCCCCACGAAAUUCCUUGAGCUCAUAGGCAUUGCUCAGGGUCAGAUGACAGUUCUGAGACUCACUGAGUUGCUGGAACGAGGGGAGAGGCUGCCACGGCCCGACAAAUGUCCCUGUGAGGUCUAUCAUCUCAUGAAGAACUGCUGGGAGACAGAGGCGUCCUUUCGCCCAACCUUCGAGAACCUCAUACCCAUUCUGAAGACAGUCCAUGAGAAGUACCAAGGCCAGGCCCCUUCAGUGUUCAGCGUGUGCUGAGGCACAAUGGCAGCCCUGCCUGGGAGGACUGGACCAGGCAGUGGCUGCAGAGGGAGCCUCCUGCUCCCUGCCCCAGGAUGAAACCAAGAGGGGGAUGUCAGCCUCACCCACACCGUGUGUCUUACUCCUGUCUGGAGACCCCACCUCUGUGAACUUAUUUUUCUUUCAUGGCCGUGAGCCUAACCAUGAUCUUGAGGGACCCAACAUUUGUAGGGGCACUAAUCCAGCCCUUAAAUCCCCCAGCUUCCAAACUUGAGGCCCACCAUCUCCACCAUCUGGUAAUAAACUCCUGUUUUCUCUG